CUACCUGUGCUGAAUAUUGUAGUGCUGACACGUUUGAAUAACAAAAGUAAAUUUCAUUUGGAGUAUAAUCAUGACCUCAACUGCUCUACAGAAACAACGUCAAACAACGUAAUUCGAAUCCAACUACUUACUUAUUUCAAGAGGAGAUAUCCCAUGUGUGAAACAAAUGUUGCAAAACGUGGAAUUUCACAUUCAAAUCUAAAUGGAUCCAGUUUUAUUACCUCAACCAUCCUUCAUAUGCAGAUAAACUCACUGAGCUUUGCUGCCUUCACCGUCAUUUCAAUUCCUCUUUUCUCGAGUUUGGUCUUUCAGAGUUUACAAUCAUGAGUCCAUGGAGCCAGUUAUCAUCAUACUAAUGAAUGAUUAUUUCAUCUAAUGUGCUGAAGAAAACACAACAGUGCUUAUAAAGUCUGAGGAUGAAACGACUUUUAUUCUCGAGUGAAUAAAUCUCUGUUUCACUUUAUAUGAACAUGUUCAAUUUGAGGAUCAUUUUAUUUAUUUCUGCUAUUGUCACUCUGGACAUUGAACUGUGUUUCAGUGCAUGUGCACGUGCUGAAUAUGAGAUAAAUGGAAACUGCUGCCCCAUGUGUGCACCCGGUACAGUAAAACCAUUUUUUUAUAGGUUUUGUAGGAAUAUCAUAUAUAAUUACAAUAAACCAUUCUUUAAAACAUUCAUUUCUUUUAAGAAAGUAUAUUCUGUAAUGUUUUAUUUAGGAAACUUUGUCUAUUGGCAUUGCACUGAGAAUACCAGUACAACUUGUGUUCCUUGCCCUGAAUCAACUUACAUCGAUGAACCCAAUGACCUUAUGAAGUGCUUUCCCUGCUUUGUGUGUGAUGAAAAUGUAGGACUAAGAGUGCAGAAGACCUGCACACACUCUGCAGAUACUGUUUGUGAGCCACAUGAGGGAUUCUACUGCAUUAACAGCAGCUGUACUUUUGCUUUGAAACACUCUAAAUGUAAUCCUGGUCAAUAUAUCAAACAAACAGGAACAGCAUUUACUGAUACUGUAUGUGCUGACUGCACAGACAAAACUUACUCAGAUGGCUCUUUAACAUUCUGUCAACCACAUUCAGCAUGUGAGACAGAGGGACCUGAAGAAAUAAAACCAGGAACAAUGUCAUCUGAUGCUGAAUGUGGCAAAUCAAGUCCAGUUGGUCUCAUAGUUGUAGUCAUUUUAGCUGUUUUGGUUGUUCUCAUUGUGGCUGCUGCACUGAAAAAAAUAAUGUGCUGGAUUUGCUUAAAUAAAUAGUGCAUCAUUUUUGCGUCCUACUUUUUAAGCAAAUUCCACUAGGAAUUUUAAGCAACGUUACCUAAGAAACUGUAGCUGGCUAAAUUAAUGAGCUUCCAUUCAAAAAUGUUUACUUAAAAUACUGUGCCAGCUACUACAUUUAAGAUUUUUUAACCUUAAGAGUCUCUGUUUAACCAACUAUGCAUUUUAAGCUCAUUUAGCUCAAUUGUAAGUGCUAUUUGCAGCUUCAAAUACUAGGUUCUGUUCAUUUACUUUCAAUUAACUUUAAAAUAAAAUGACCU